CGCAACUUCUCUUCGGCCUCAAAUUUGACUACACCGAUGCGCUAGCUACGCGAGCUCGAAAGGCCUUCAAGGUCUUUUCGAAAUUCUUUCGAAAUCAUCUUCGAACCUCCUAAUCCCAGCGGUCGAGAGGCAUCAUGUACCAUUGAGCUGACCCCGACCACGCUCAAGGUGAUGCUGGAGCUGGACAAGGCUGCGGAUCACGAAAGCGAGGCUGACAAGGCUACGAAUACGCUUGCUCACUCCCCCAGUACAAACGAUUCCGAGUGGGAGGAAAUCAACUCCAUGUCAACUUCAGCCCUUGACCUAACCUCUUCCAUUGUCUUCAACUUUCCACCAACGGUCAUGCCCCCACCAAUGGUAGACGACCCUCCCGUGGAGGAAGGAGACGCGUCUUCUAUGGCAUCUCCAACUCUCCAAGAGAAGCUCCUGAUGGAGACGACAGUCACAAACGAAGCUGUGCCACCUCCAUCCACGCCAUCUCCCAUUCCAAUCCUCCAAGCUGACAAGCAACAAUACAUCAACAAGAUGGCUGCACCAGCUCAUUCAAGUCCUCAAGCUACGACUCUCGCCACGAGAAACACUGACCAAGUCAUUGCUGAUCUGAAGAGACCUUCUGAUUCCGGCCCCGCCGACUCUCCAUUCUCUCUAAAACGUCGCCUGACCUCCUACGCGAGCACCAGGUCAGAGUCAACUCUCUUUAGUCUUCCGGAAGCUCCCAUCUACUUAGGUGCAAACGCUCCCCUCGGCCCUGAUGAUGGUGACGAAGAUGAGCCCAAUGAAUCCUCGGACGAGGAAGAAGCACGACCUACAGCAAAGCCGCGCAAAAUCACAGAACGAAAGCGACGACACAACGCCGUUGCUGACAGUUACAUGCACGUCCGAACCCAAAAGCAAUUGAAGGAAGGCAACAGGGUCCGCCCUGAAGAUGAAGCACAACAAUCCGCUCGAUGGCUGGUCAAUCAAUCCGAGAACCGCGAGAUCAUCUCAAGCCCGCGAGAAUAUCAGGUGGAAUUGUUUGAGAAGGCAAAGGAGAAGAAUAUCAUAGCCGUUCUCGAUACUGGCUCCGGCAAGACUUUGAUUGCUGUCCUCCUCCUUCGACAUAUAUUUACUCAGGAGUUGGAGGAUAGAGCCAUGGGCAAGCCGAAGCGAAUCUCAUUCUUCUUGGUCGACUCGGUCCAGCUGGUCUUCCAACAACAUGCUGUCCUCAAGGCAAAUCUCGAUCAACCAAUGAACAUGUUCUGUGGCGAUAUGGGUUGUGAUUUGUGGAGCAAGAAGCUCUGGGAGAAACAUUUUGCAGACAAUAUGGUCAUUGUUUGCACUGCAGAAGUCCUUCGACAAUGUCUUCACCACUCAUUCAUUUCCAUGGAACAGAUCAACCUUCUCAUCUUCGACGAAGCACACCAUGCGAAGAAAGAUCAUGCGUAUGCUCGAAUCAUCAAAGACUUCUAUGCUCAGCAGGAAAUACACGUCAUCCUUCCCAAGAUCUUCGGUAUGACUGCAUCUCCAGUAGAUGCUCGUGUCGAUGUCAAGAAGGCUGCUGCGGAACUGGAAGCUAUUCUCCAUUGCCAGAUCGCCACUGCUGCCGACUCUAGCUUGCUGCAGUACACCGUCACAUCCAAACAAGAGCAACUCGCCAAAUAUGCAGCCCUCGGUCCCAAGUUUGAGACACUUUUGUACAAGGAGAUGUAUGCCAGAUUCAAGUCAAAUUCGGUUCUCAACAAGCCACUUCUGUACGCAUACGAAGCAACCAGAGAGCUGGGGUCAUGGUGCUCUGAUCAUAUUUGGCCGUUCGUCCUGAGCGAAGAAGAGACGAAGAAGCUGCAAGCAACGACUGAACGCAAAUACCAUGCGAAGAAAGUUCAAGAGCCACUUGCAGUCUUGGAAAUGCACAAGGAGCAGCUUCGAGAGUCGCGACAAAUUGUGCAAACACACACCUUCGAGCCGCCCAACUAUGAUCCACAGACUCAUACAUCCACUAAUCUGUCCUCGAAGGUCACCACUCUUAUUACAUACCUGAAGGAACGAUUCGAGCGUCCGACAGAUGAUAAGUGCAUUGUCUUCGUAAGACAGCGAUAUACUGCACGUCUCCUGGCCAAUCUGUUCACUCAUCCACACAUUGGCACCCCGUAUUUGUUUGCAGGAGCCUUGGUCGGAACCCGAAGCGGAGAUGCCGGUGACCUGAACGUCUCCUUCCGCCAGCAAGUACUGACCAUGAUGAACUUCCGCAAAGGCAAGCUCAAUUGUCUGUUUGCGACGUCGGUAGCCGAGGAAGGACUGGAUAUUCCCGACUGCAAUUUAGUCAUUCGAUUUGACCUCUACACUACUCUGAUUCAGUACAUCCAAUCAAGAGGCCGAGCACGACAUACAAACUCCAGGUACAUCCACAUGUGCGAAGAUGGCAACCAGGAGCAUCAUCAGAUCAUCCGUGAAGUCCGUCUAAACGAGAACAUCUUGAAGCGCUUCUGCAAUGCUCUCCCCGAGGACAGACUUCUCACGGGCAACAGCUUCGACAUGGAUCAUUUCUUGGCCAAGGAGAGAACUCAUCGCGUCUUCAAGCAUCCAGUCACUGGUGCCAAGCUGACCUACAAGAUGAGUCUGGCAGUGCUCGCGAAUUUCGUCGAUUCUUUGCCUCACAGUCAGGACACCAAUAUUCAACCCGAAUAUGUUGUCACUGUCCAGAACAAGCAGUUCCUGUGUGAGGCUAUCCUUCCAGAGUCAUCGCCCUUGCGGGGAGCUGUUGGCCGUCCGGCCAAUACCAAGCAGGUUGCAAAAUGCUCCGCUGCUUUUGAAACCUGCUUGAAGCUUGUGGAAUUCAAGUAUUUAGACGAAUAUUUGCUACCCAUCUUCACGAAACAACUUCCUGUAAUGCGAAAUGCUCUCCUUGCCGUUGAUUCGAAGAAGCGAGAGUCUUAUGAUAUGAAGACAAAGCCUUCACUGUGGUCUGUUGGUGGUGUUCCUGAAGUGUUGUAUCUGACCAUUAUGGCCUUGGAGACGCCGGAGGCUUUAGAUCGACCAUGCCAGCCCAUGGGAUUGUUAACCAAAUCACCCUUGCCGCAGCUGCCGUCGUUUUAUCUCCACUUUGGGGCGGGUCGACACUCCCAAGUGUUGACCACACCCCUAGCACGAGAGUGGCGGGUCAAUUCUGAGUUCCGUCAACUCAUCAACACCUUUACUCUUUGCAUCUUUGACGAUGUUUUCAGUAAGGGAUACGAGUCAGAUCUGUCCAAGAUGCCUUAUUUCUUGGUUCCGAUUGAACUUGGUGCCAAGGUCGAUAUCAACCAUACGCAUCCGGACCAGGUUAUUGCAUGGCAUAUUCUGCAAUCCAUCCAGGAUCAUCACACGAAGUGGUCGGACAAUCCUUGGGAUAACAAGUCAUGGCAAACCGAGCCGGACGAGUUUUUCAGGGACAAGUUCGUCGUUGACCCGUUUGAUGGAUCCCGAAAGCUGUGGACCGUUGGAGUCACUCAAGAGCACAAACCUCUUCAUGCUGUUCCGCCGAAUUCUGCUCCGCGCAAGGGAACUCGGAAGAACAAUGACAACAUCAUGGAGUAUAGUUGUAGCUUGUGGGCAAAGGCUAGAUCUAGGAGGACCUUUGAUGCUGAGCAACGUGUCGUUGAGGCUGAGUUCAUCCCACUUCGUCGAAACCUUCUCGAUGAUUUUGACGGUCCUGAAGAGGAGACUCCAAAGAAAUGCUUUGUUAUUCUUGAGCCUCUCAAGAUUUCUCCUCUCCCCACACCUGUUGUUGCCAUGGCGUACUGCUUCCCAGCCAUUAUCCACCGUAUGGAGUCGUAUCUCAUCGCCUUGGAAGCUUGUGAGUUGCUGCAUCUUGAGAUUCGGCCUGAGUUGGCUUUGGAAGCCGUGACCAAGGACUCCGACAAUACCGAAGAUCAUGGCGACGAGCAAAUCAAUUUCCAACGAGGCAUGGGCACGAACUACGAGCGACUUGAGUUCCUUGGUGACUGUUUCUUGAAGAUGGCCACUUCUAUUUCGCUGUUUGGUAUCCACCCAGACAAUGACGAAUACAGCUACCAUGUUGAUCGCAUGAUGCUGAUUUGCAACAAGAACUUGAAGAACAACGCCAUCAAGCUCAAGCUUUACGAGUACAUUCGGUCUCAAAGCUUCAAUCGCCGAGCCUGGUAUCCCGAAGGACUCGCUUUGACAAAGGGCAAGACUGCAACAGCUCCCAAUUCGCACAAGCUUGGUGAUAAAUCAAUUGCUGAUGUCUGUGAGGCUUUGAUUGGUGCUGCGCUUCUGACAUGUCAUGAGACUGGAGAUAUGGACAGGGCUUGCCGGGCUGUUACGGAGCUCGUCUCCAGUGAGAACCAUCAGGUAACUGCAUUCGCGGAUUAUUACAAGCUUUACAAGAAGCCGAAAUACCAGUUGGCUACCUCUACGGAGAUGCAGAAGGACCUCGCUUCCCAGCUGGAGAAGGUACACCCUUACCACUUCCGGUAUCCUCGCCUUGCUCGGUCUGCCUUCACGCACCCAUCAUACCCAUUCUCGUAUGAACACGUGCCCAGCUACCAGCGUCUUGAGUUCUUGGGAGAUUCUUUGCUUGACAUGGCUUGCGUCAACUUCCUGUUCCAUAGCUUCCCCAGCAAGGACCCACAGUGGUUGACCGAGCACAAGAUGGCAAUGGUUUCCAAUCAAUUCCUUGGAGCUCUGUGUGUCCACCUUGGCUUCCACUCCCACCUGCUCCUCUUUAACCUCGGGAUCCAAAAGCAGAUCACUGAUUAUGUUACUGAUAUCAACGAAGCCCUAAAGCAAGCCGAGGACGACGCCGUCCGCGCUGGCAAAUCACGAUCCGAGUGCUCUGCUGAUUACUGGACUUCCGUUCGUCAGCCUCCAAAGUGUCUUCCUGAUAUCAUCGAAGCCUAUAUCGCUGCCAUUUUUGUUGACUCGGAAUACGACUACUCUGAAGUUGAUAAAUUCUUCGACAUGCACAUCAAGUGGUACUUCAAAGACAUGAGCAUCUAUGACACCUUCGCCAACAAGCAUCCCACAACCUUCCUGACCAAGUUCCUGCAGAUCAACAUGGGCUGUGCGGAUUGGAGUGUUAUGACUCGUGAGGUCAAGAAGGUGGACGGCAGCAAGCCGUCGGUCGUUGCGAUUGUCUUGAUCCACGGUCAAGUCGUGGCUGAGGCUGAGGCUGAGAGCUCGCGAUAUGCGAAGGUGGCGGCUGCGAAGAAUGCUCAGCACUUGCUGAGUGGUCUUCCGUUGCAGGAGUUUAGAGAGAAGUACGAGUGUGAGUGCCGUCCUGAGGAUGAGGAUGAGAUUGAGAUUGCGAAGGAGGAGUUGCAUGGUACGGCCAUUUGAUCGUUUCACUUCGUGCGAUUUGUGAGCGGACGACCGGGCGUUUGCUGGAUGGAUCACUUUGCUUUAUGGUGGGAGUUAAUGGUGGAGCAUAUUGAGCGGGCUGGGAUUUGGAGUUCAUGGUACUGGUAGAAGAGAUAUCCACGAUGCGCAUAGAUACUUGAUAGCUAGAGUUGAAUGCUGCAUUCUCUGGCG